AGUGCUCAGGCACUAGUCCAUGGACGGAUGCGAGCAGUCAGGGGACGACGGAGAGACCGGGCACACGUUGUUAUUAUUAUAACGAGGAUGCUGCGUUACAGUGCAGAGUAGCCUUGAAACUUUGAGACACUAUUUUACAGAGAGGAGCAAGUUAAGUGUGAUGUUUUGGCUUCAUGUUGUGAAAUCCCUCUCACCACCACAUCCACCACCACCACCGACACAUCCUCUCAGGAGUGAUGGGCUCUAAGUUGACCAGACAGAGAAGUCUCGAUUUAGAAACCAAAUUGCCCAAGAGGAGACGCCAGAGGAAUGACACCCCGGGAGAGGGCGAGAGAAGUGGCGGCGGGGACUUCUUGUUUACCUCCUUGAUGCUCAAGUCCGACAAGCUCCCGGGGAUGCUGCGGAAAACCAACCACAGCCCAUAUGUCAGACGGGUGGCUUGGAUCCGGGAAAUCCAGAGGCUUCUCCGGGAGCAGAAGAUGGAGCAAGCAGCCGAAGUGCUCAAACUGCUGAGGAAGGAUCUGGGCCUCCAGGGAACGUCGCUCAAUGACAUUUUGUACAAGAAUGCAGCUUUUCUCAACCUGGUGGACCCCAUCUCUCACGAGCUGCUGCUCGGUCUCGCCCGCGACCUGCAGUGUCCAAAAAGGGAGACUGACUCGUUCAAGUCCACCAACAAAAUCUGCCGCCAGCUGAUUUACCACCUGACCCCUCACUCCAAGUGGACGAGACAGAGCGUGCCCAGGAGGAAGUCUCAGGCCUGCCUAAAGACCACCCUGAAGAAGAAACUGUCCGGCGAUGUGGUCAACCUGUCAGGCAUCCCGCUGUCUGGCCGAGAUGUCCACCGUGUGGCCUUCUACCUCCAGAGCAGCAGUGACGCAGUGUCGGCUGUGGACCUGAGCUUCACAGAGCUGCAGGACGAGAGCUUACGGCUGCUGCUGCCCCACCUUGGCUGCCUGCCGAAACUGACCAUACUGGCCGUCAAUGGUAACCGUCUGACAGUGGCUAUUCUGAAAGACCUGACAGACGCAGUGAAGGAUCCUAAGAGCUUCCCCAGCCUGGCCUGGGUCGACCUGGGCAACAAUGUGGAUAUCUUCACCGUGCCGCAGCCGCUGCUUGUGGCCCUGCGGCGCCGCUUUGGUUUGCGCAGUAGCCUCCCCACUAUUUACGAGUACAGGGAGGCGCAGACAUUCAGUGGCUACAACCCAAACAUGGAGACGUCUGUGGAGGAGCCCAGUCUGUACGAGGAGGGGGAUGGAGAGGAAGAUGAUAAAGAGGAGGAGGAGGACAGGCUGGAGCUUCAAGCCUGGGGCUUUGGAGAAGAAAACAUGUCAAAAAAUGUGCCACUGCACUUCUGUGGGAGGUGAUUGCCCUGAGCUGCUUUCUUUUUGACUGGCUGCCCCUCAUAUCUCUCAGUAUCACCUCGCCCUAAGUCUAGCCUCCUGUGUUAGCAGCUGCCAUUGCGGCAGAUGCUUACAGUGACCCACGUGUUUUCUGAAAAUAACUUAAAAAUAAGUAACUGUGUUAUGUGUCCCUCUGGAUGCUCUGACUACUGAAGCUCAGCAGUGCAGGCAGCUCUGUGGUUGUACAGACGCUCAGAAUUUAUUUAUGGAUCGAUCUGACCUUCACUGAUUCAGGAGAAGUUUAACUGAACAUGUUUGCUGUUUCUCAGUGAACAGUUUGUGCUCUCACACCUUGAAGCUUCCCAUUAUUUACCACUGUCGACUUGAGCAGCUGGGUUUUAAGUGCCUUGCACAAGGGCACCUCGACAGUAGCAGUUGAGGAAAGGGGGAGUGUUACUAAUUCACAUCCCUCCAGCACAUUUACCCAGCUGAUCUCUCUGACAAUUUCACCCCUGCUGCCCCAUUUCUGUGAAAACCCUGAAGAAAUAACUAAAUAUCCUGCAAUAAGGAGCAGUGUGCAGGACUUAGUAGCAUCCAGUUGUGAGAAUAGCAGACUGCAACCAGCUGUAAUUUCUAUGGUGUGCCUAGCGUGAACUCCUACUUAGGGAUUCUUCAGUGUUCAUUGUUCAGGAGGAUUUUACCGGGAGCUAAAAUAUUUGCAGAGGUCUCUCUCUUGCCAAAACAAACAGAUCAGGUGAUUAAUACCAGUAAAAACACUGAAUAGAGUUCAGUCAGAAGAGACUCGUUCUUACAUGUGCACAUGAGAAUGAAAAAUGUGAAAAGUCUUUGGUGAUUAGACCUCAUCAAGAUAGUGUGAUAUAAGAAGGGUGAUGAAUCCAUAGUCAAAUAGGCAAACUUCCUGUGGUCUAGACACUUGUGGCGGUAGAGGUGGUGAGGAUGAGAUGAGAAGAAGAUGUGGAGAAUUUGGAUAAGUGCUGAUGUUCAGCAUAAGUAGAGGAAUGGCCUUUGUUGAGCUUGUCCUGGACUCUGGAUACAAUGGCUGGAGGUGAACGGGGUGGAGAAUGGCAUGACAAUUCUGCCUAAAAUGAUGGCUGACAGCAGCAGAGGAGAGAGCAGAUUUAAAAUUUUGCAGUAGCAUCCUGAUUGGCUGAUAGACAUCGUGGCAAAGGAUAACUAGAGGAGUGAACACCCAUAGACAGCUGAUUAGAGGAAGCAGUGGGAGUGGGAGGGAGAGUCAAGAUUGAACUUACGCUGAGCUUCAUCAGUUUCACGUUACAAAUCAGUGUUUGACGCUGUUCAGCUUGUUACAGCUCACCUUUUUUCUCUGAUAACUUAAGAUCCAGACCUUCAGGAGGUUUUUGCAGGGAGCCGAAUUAUCCACAGAGGUCUCUUCCUUUUCCAAACAAACUGACUCGGUGAUUCAGACUGAUAAAAACAUUGAAUAAAGCAGUUUCAAGCUAAAAAUCAGUGUUUUCCUGACACUGUUCGGCUUGUCACUAACUACAGUGGCUGAUGGAAAAAUGGGAAUGGCUCUAUGUAGAGCAAUGUUUGGUUUGUCCAACUGGGCUACUGUAGCAACAUGGCGGACUCUGUGGACGAGAAUUUGUUCCCUACGUAGAUAUAAAUGCCUAAUUCUAAGGUAACUAAAACACAAAGAUUCUUAUUUUCAGGUGAUUAUCCACCAAAGAAAACAUAAUUUUAAUAAUAUAUUUCAUUCAUGCCAAUAUAUCCGCCUAAAUCCUACACACUGCACCUUUAAGAAGUUGUUUAAUUUCAACUGACAUUUUUGCUAUAUUUAUGUUUGGAGUCAGAACUCCACUGCAGUGAGAUUAUGUUCGCACAAAGUAAUCCUCAUUUUUCUGUUGGGCCACAGUAUUUAGUCAGGAUUUGUCUUUAAAUAAAUGGUUUCGGUGAGUAAAUGAGGCAUACUGAAUCCAUUUUAGUUUAACUCUCCAGCGCUGGUGCUUCAGCUGGUGUUGGUACACCGAUGCUGCAGCUGUGUGGAGAAAAACCUCGGCCUGAUCCACACACACGCGGACAUGCAGACAACACACACAGUGUUCUGGGAUGAGCUGCCGAUGAACUGAUUACUGCCUCUAUCAGGUCUUGUUAGGCCCCUUUAGUCACAGAUGGUGAGCAGAGGAUCUAUUUUUUUCCCAGCAAAUAGGACUAGCCCCAGAUAAUUUGGUCCACUGGUGGUUUGUGAGUGAUUCUAUUUAUGAAUCAGACCAUAAGCAACGAGGAAGAUGCCCACUCUGUUUUUAAAGGCGCACACAGACAAUGAAGCGAUUACCAACAGCUCUGCUUUUAUCUUUUCCUCUGUGGUGCUAAAGCGUGCACAUUCAUGUUGUGGCAUGAGUAAACUGCAACAGUUUCUUUUUUUGACUAGUCGGGUUUUUUUAGGUGUGUAGUUCUCAUCUUUUUGUAUUGUUUUUUUAAAAAAUGGGCAUGACUGUUUACUGUAGCGUGACGUCAGAUCCCACAGACAGAGAGCAUGUUUACAUGUACAUUAAUGUUCCAAUAUAUUUGAGAUUUUAUUUUGGGGGGGUGAGGGAUUGGAUUUAACAUUGCCGCAUGUGAACACAACUGCCCACACUUUAUCCUGCCUACAGAUGUUAAUGUGGUCUGUUCCCUUUCCAUGCUAUUAUUCAGGAAAAUCUGUUUAUUUGUGUUUACAGGGAUAUUAAUGAACAGGAUGCUUGGUUUGUGUGUGUGUGCGUCUGUGUGUGUAUGUGUGUGUCUAUGAGAGCAUAAUUAAAGUGUGCGCCUGUGUGCAUGAGUGUACUGUGGACAUGCAGAGUAAAUUGCUACCUUUGAUCGUAGAAAUGAAAUGUUUACUCAUUUGCACUUUAAGGACGAAUCCGUCCCUGAAUGCACAAGCUUUGUUUUCAUGGGUUGUUGUUGUUGUUGUUGAUAUAAAAACAACUCACUGAGUCACCCGCAUCCUGAAAUAAAUGUUUUAUCUCAACUUCUUCGUUUGAUAGAAUUUCAUACAAUUCACUGCCAUGAUGAAAAUCAGUUGUGAAUUUGCUUAAUUUUUGUUUUUGGCUCAUUAAAUCACAGCUCGCUUUUAAAGUUAAAGUGAUG